ACCCCGCACCCCACCUUAGCAGUCAGUAUUCAUUAAGGAAGCUGCAAAAAUAGACGUCAUUCAAAGCUACUUGACAUUUUUUCAGAGAAAGAAAAAGUACCAAGUCUAACGAAUUGGGUCGCAUCUAAUUUAAGGAAACACAUCUACCUGCCUGCGAAUCACUGGCAGAAUCUCAUAAAUACCGCAAUCCCGGAAUCAUCUUGAUACCAGUGCACGCAACAAUGGAGUCUCUGGAGCAGAUGCAGGCGCGGCAUCGCAAAGAGCUCAAGGAUCUGCAGGGGCGUAUCACCAGCAAGAAAAAGAACGCGACAAAAAAGACGCGUAAGGGCGUCAACGACGAGUGUGCCGAACUCGAACGCCAAAUGAAAGAGCGACACGAGUCCGAAACGAGACAGCUAGGUGGCACUGCAGAGGAAGAGGAAGCAGAGAAAUCGGAAGAUGAGCCUGCGGUCGACGACACGAGGCAAAAUGGCGAAAGCCAAGCGCCAUCAAACGAAAAGGAAUCUGUAGAGGUGGGCGGCACACAACCACCGCAAAAUCAAGCCGGGAAGAAACGCAACCGACAAAAAGAGCGUCUGGCCAGACGCGCAGCCGAGCAAGAGGCUGCUGCCGAGGCGGCCGCCGCUGAGGCGUCCAACAUGGUGGACCACCGAUCCAACGAGGCGGCACACAUGGCACGGGAGCUGGCCACCCACUCCCUCGUCGAAAAGGAGAUUGCGCCGGACGGCCACUGCCUGUUCUCCGCCUUUGCUGAUCAGCUCUCGACGCUCUCUAUCCCACUACAGCAGAAAUCCGGAGCCGGUGAUGACAGUGUACCCGCGUACCGGAUCGUGCGACGGGCGGCCUCGUCGUACAUUUCCGACCACGCCGACGACUUUGCGCCCUUCCUGGAAGAACCGCUGGACGACUACGUGCGCAAGAUGCGCGACACUGCAGAGUGGGGUGGGCACAUGGAGCUGCUGGCGCUGGCGAGCACGUAUAACGUCGAAGUCCGUGUUAUUGCCGAUGGCCGUACCGCUGUUGUGCAGCCAAAGGAGCCGAAGGAAGACGAGCCCGCCAGGCAGGUGUGGCUAGCGUACUACAGGCAUGGCUUUGGUCUUGGAGAGCAUUAUAACUCGCUGAGGAAAAAGUCUUGAGUGCAAGCGUCUAUCAUUAAUACGGCCGCAAACAAUGAGCCCUAUUUCACGCUGCGAGCACUGUACGAGCGGAAUUUUGAAAGUUACGGAAUGUUCCCUGCUCAAAGUAUUGUUGCGCAAAAGUCCAGGCCGCCACUUCUCAGCCGGGUGGCGGUAAUCAAUGAGCAAAGACAGCAAUGCGAUCGUGCAAGACUCCGUCGGCAAUACCAGAAUUGUGGGUGCGAGAUGGCACGACUAGUUCCAAUCUUCGCAAACCACCCUGUUCGACAACCUUGGGCAUUGCCUGCGCCGGGAUCUUGCCAUCAGAUUCGUAUUCAACCUUUUCACCAGGCCGAGCGAGCUGGGCAAUGUAGUGUUCAGGCAAGACACCCCAUGGAGGACCUCCCCCGGACCACGGCUUCGCGGUUGGCCAUUGAAGGCAAACCAGUCGGCCCUCGUGAGCGAGGAGGUCUGCCAUCCUUCGUGCCCAUGCGGGUCUGGCCGAGAUGGGAAGGGCGCAUAGAAACUGGCGAGGAAUUGGUCAGCCAAGGGGUGCCACUAUGGAGCUAGGGUCUAUGCUUGCUUACGGUGUAAUCGUAGGUGAGGUCGAAUUGUUGCACGCCGGCCUUGUUCACCCAUUCAUCAGAAAAGAAAUCACCGGUGAGCCUAGAUGAAAGAUUAAAUAGACGUUACUGCCGGUCAGUAAUAUAGGAUAAACUUCAUGUUGAUACUAACUCACGCACCAUGUGACCUUUCCC